AUGCUGUCGAAAUCGGCGGUGAUCUUGGCGUGCCGCUUUUCACAUUCAUGGAGACACCAAAGAAGCAUCCUGGCGAAAUCGAUGAAACCCAUGUAUCGAUCGGAGGCCCUGCCGGUGAUGUUUUCAGGGUCGAUGGAGUCGGCGAUCGGAGCGCCGAACACGUUCCUCCGAUACAAUAGCUCCAUCGCGUGCUUCACCGUGUCUCCGGCUUUCAGCUCCGUAACCGAGACAUCUAAAGGGAAUUGA